UACGUGGCUUGAAAAUCCCCAUUGUUGCUCUAUCCCAGAAAAUGAUUCAUCCUCCCCACGGGGCUUUGCCUUGCCUCCGCACAUUUCGCAAGGCUCCUGGCUUUAUAACAGCGUGGCGCACGUGGUGACUCCUGGCAGAUUCCUGGGCUCGCUUGAGAGUGAGGAGGCAGCAGCUAAUCCUCCUAACGAUGAUUUUCCUCUUGCAGCAUUUCUUCCUGCUGGCCAUAGACUUAGUGCUCGCCGCGACCCUUUCCUGCCUCUUUUAUAUCUUUGUGUGUGUUUCCAUCGCGUGUCUGACCUGCUGCGUUAUCAUCUUCUCCUUUGGCACCGUGCAGAGGAAUGUUGGUGUGAAAGGGAGAGCAAUUGUAAUUCUUGUGUCCAACAGUUCCAUUGGGAGGAUGUUUGCAAGGAACCUGGAUAAAGCAGGUUUCGGGGUGUCUGCUGCACAGUGGUCUGCUCAAGAGGAAAGGACAGUGACAGAAGAGUGCUCACCGAACAAGGAGGUAGCCCAGCUCCACCUGACUGAAGAUGAGUAUGAGAAGACAGUGAAAACCUUCAUAGAAAACCACUUAUCCCUGAAAGGGGAAAGAGCCUGCUUUGGUGGCUGUGAAAGGCCCCAGCAGACCCCAGUCCCUGAAGGAAGGCAAGGUAGGCCAAGGAAGGAGGGGGAGAAGGUCCUAUCAAGGCACAGAGGGCUGGACUUGCUCUGAGAAGAAAACACAGAAAUGAACAAGGGGGAGAAAAGCCCAGACAAUGACCUGAGGUGAAGGAACGUGUCUGAUUUUUAACCUCCUCCGGAUUAAAAAGGAACCCACCUGAGUUCCCUCUUUACUCCUUGGCUGCUGUGGGAUUCAUUAGUCAGGUCAGAGCUUUGUGUGGCAGGUUGGGGCAGUGUCUCUGAACCAUGCUGCCAUUGUUUCUGUGGGAAUACAGGACCCUGCAGAGCUCAUCUGGGACAGCACAGGGCAAGUGUCCUACUGAGAGGAGGGCUGUGUGCACCGCCAGGGAAUCUCCCCGGUCCUUCCUAGGUGAAGGGUGCCAGUGGGAAGACUGGCUUAUCCCCUGCUGAGUAACCCCUGGGAUCCAGGAGUCUGUGUCCCACUUUACACCUCUUGGGACUGACGGAGAAUUCACCCCCAGUCACAGGGCUGUGCCCUCACUGCCCUCAGGGCUACGGGGCUACAAGGGAAGAGGCCAACCCAUCUCCUUCACUGUGAACCUCCCUAAGGGCCCUCUGAGCUGCAAAGCUCUCUCUGCUUCCCCCACACUGCCGUCUUUCUUCCCCAGCUUCCCCAUCCAUCUCCUCCUUGCUCUUCUCUCUGUGGUCCCUCCAAGGCUCCCUUUGGGGUCUCCCCAGGGCAGCCUCUCUGCUUGCUCAUACCAAGCCGAGAUCUCAGAGAGCACCCCUAUCUCCCCAGGAUAAGUACGCCCCUUGGUGCUGCUGCCCAGCACUGAAAGUUUCUCUGUGCUCCCAGGCCCUGCAGAGGAAGGACAUUUUGGAACACAGAGCACGCACCACAAAGCCUCCCGCACUGCAGACGCUCUUCGGAGGAGCGGUAGGGAACCCUAGGCAGCACCUGCUGCUGGCUGCAGCCACUCAGGACACAGCUCUCUCACACUGCUCCUCUCCUCAGAAGCACCCAGCAGACCAGCAGUGCCUGGGCAACUCUGCAUGGCCCAGGAUGCGUCCUCCAAUGCACUGCCUGCCUGCAGGCUCCAGAAAUGGCUCCCUGCGCACCAGCAGUGGGUUUCACACUGCGUGCUCAGCUGCCUGCAUGAGCAUUUAGGCUCAUUUACCCUAGGAAAAUCACUCUGGUAAAACUUUCUUGUGUGGACAAGGCCUAAAAGCUCCCAAGCUGAGUAUCAGCAUAACCCUACUCUGGAAAUGAACAACAGAGGCUUUCUUAACCAGUAAGGAUCUGCGGGAGCUGGUGAUUUCCGUGGGCCUGUGCUGUUCUAAUUAAAUAAGAGUCUGGCACAGUGAUACCUGUCUUUUUAUGUUCUUGACUAGUUUGGUCCCCAUGCUAGUUAAAGGCUUUUGCAGGUGUCAUGUUGUUUUGAUAGGGUGAUCUGUUGUAGGAUCUGUGAGGUUUUACAUUUAGAAACCCCUGCAUAAUAUUCACAUUGCGGAUGUGGAUGUUGAAAUGUAUUUCCCAAGUGCUGACCCAAUUGCAUGGCAGAUCAAAGCAGUAUGUUGGGAGGGGAAAAAAAAAUAAAAGAAAAAUAAAAGAAAAAAUAAAAGAAAAAGAAAAGAAAAAAUAAAAGAAAAAUAAAAGAAAACAU